CGAACCAGAACAACCAACAACCAACCACGCCGCGUGUCUCUCGUUCAGCAGUCCCCCUUCCUCCCCAUGCUCCAAUGCGUGCUGCACUGAGCAGUGCAGGCAAGCGUGCGUUCCUCUUCUUCCCGAUCUACCGAAGCACAGCUUUUCGCGCUGGUGUCGUUGCGCGUCGCACAGCGCCAUCUUGUCAGCCCGUGGUGGCACUGCCGACAACAACCGCUUCCUCGCACACGCCAACCGUCUCAAACACUCACCACCACCGUAACUUAUCAGCACCAAGAACCACGACAAGAACCACGACAAGAGCCACAACACCUUCAGCACUAGCAGGCGUAACAUUAUCACCCAUCCAACAGUCCACCAUGUCCGACACCAACAGCAUUAGCAGCAGCACAGCCACAGCGUCCAUCUGGACGCGCAGGCGCAGGAGGAACAAGAAGAAGAGUGGCACCUCCCUGGCCGCGGGUGACGCUGAUGGCACCGCGACCGCCGCCUCCUCCAAGCCGCAGCCGCGGCUGGACACUGCGCCCACCAUCACCCUGCCACCAGACUUCUUUGCGGCGCGUGGCAUCUCCGUGCGAAAAGAGACGGUGCACCUGCACGACUACGAGAGCAUCAUCACUGGGGACGGGGGAAUCCCGCGCAACAAGCGCGCAAAGAUCUCCCACAUUGGCACGGCAACAGCGCCAUCCUCUCCGCUGGUCGCCCUCAGCCCCAUCAUGUCCCCGCUCCAUGUGCAAGCCAGGCGCACAGCACGCCGUGCCAUGUCCACGUGCGCAUCAGCCCCAUCCUCGUCCGCCUCCUCGUCUUCGUCUCGCUCAACCACGCCGCCAACACCAUCUCCGGGCACCGCCACCGCCACCGCCGCCGCCGCAAUGGACAGCAGCGCCAACAACAACACCAGCGACCAUGGCGAGGACGACUCCGACAGUGACAGUGACAGCGACAGCAAUGGUGUGGCUGAUACAGGUGCUGCACAGCAGCAGUACGGCACCACUCCGCCCCACAACCACCACCACCACCACCAUAACCGCCGCCGCCGCCACCACCACCACCAUAACCGCCCGAACAUCUUCCAGGACCCGACGCGGCGGGUGUUUGCGCUCGACUGCGAGAUGGUUGGCACGCGGUACACGAGCGCGCUGGGCCGCAUCAGCAUUGUGGACGAGCAGUGCAACGUGGUGCUGGACGAACUGGUGCUGCCAAUGCAGGUGAUCCACGACUUCCGCACGCGCUACUCCGGCCUGACGCGGCGGCACAUGCGACAGGCGCAGCCGUGGGAGGCGAUCAAGGCAAAGGUGGAGGCCCUGCUGCAGGGCGCCAUCGUCAUCGGCCACGACGUCAAGAACGACUUUGAGGUGAUGCACAUCCACCCGCUGCGGGUGCGGGCGGCCAUAUGGGACACGAGCGACGUGCCCGCGCUGCGUGCCGCUGCUGGUCUGCCCGUGACGAAACGGCCAAAGCUCAAGGCACUGUCAGCUGCACUGUUGGGCGUCGAUAUCCAGACAUCAAACCAGGGGCACAGCAGUGUCGAGGACGCACAGGCGUGCAUGCGCCUGUUCCUCAAGUACCGUGCAGCCGCAUAUGAGCCGCACGGGUGGACUGUGGAGCCAUGGUACUUCCACCGCCUCGCUCUCUCGCGCCUCGACAGACACACGCGCGCGCUGACAACUGGCGGCGUUGCUGCCACCUUCCUCGCCGCUGAGGCCCUCAGGCGUGGCUGGGACGUCACAGUCACCACAGCAUCCUCGGACGGAGGAGCAAGCACCGCUACCGUUGCCACCACCCCAGCCAUCACCGCACGUGGUGGCAGCGGUGUCGCACCAGCACCAGCACCAGCACCAUCAGCAGCAGUAGCUGAUGACGACGGCGGGGCAGGCGUCGACAUUGAGGUGCACGAGCAGGUGUUCCACCUCAGGCGGCCAUCACGCGCGCAGCCAACCCGCCACCGUCACCACAGCUAUCAUCAUCAGCGGCAACAACAACAACAACAACAACAGCAGCAGCAGAAGGGGGCGGCAACAGCAGGGGGCAAUGCAACAAUUGUGAUCAGCGAUGAUGAUGACGAUGCUGAUGACGAUGCAGCAACAGGAGCAGCAAGCACGGGAGGCCGAAGCGUUGCGAGCACCACAGCACCAGUGCCAUCAAGACAAGCAACGGCCCCUGCACGUGUGCAUGUGCGUUUGCACCCCCACCGGCUGGCGCGGCGACGGGUGAAGCGAUGCGAAGUGACGCUGCAACUGCACGACGCCGUCAGCACACGCAUCAAGGCCACCAUCACCGCCACCUCCACCACCAUCAAGACCACCACCACCACCAACGCCACCGGCCACAGCAGCCGGCACGUGCAUGUUGGCAGAGGAGGGGUGGCUGUUGCAGUUGAGGCGACACCGCCCCUGACGCCGCUGCCAGGGAGCGCGGCAGCAUCGGCAAUGGUGUCUGGGGAGGCCACCCCGAAGCACGCGGCGCAGGGUGCAGCCGUGACGACAAGCAAGGGCGGGUCGUUCUGGAACAGGCUGACCACCGCCCUCAUUGGCCAGCAGGGGCGCACACGUGGCGGUCGCAGUGUGGCAACCACGCAACAGCAGCAGCAGGAGGAAGAGGACGAGGCGGAGGUGACGGUGCGGGAAGCGGUGGACGUGGCGAGUGAUGCGAUUGUGCAGCACCUUGUUGCGUCUGGGCUGCUGUGCGGCGAUACGCAGCAGGCCUUCCACGCCCUCCACGCCGCCAUGCAGACGGCAGGCGGUGUCGACAGUGACGAUGACGAUGACAAUGACGAUGAUGAUGAUGAUGACGAUGCUGAGGAUGUUGAUGAGGAUGAUGAUGACGACAGCAGCGAGGGGGAUGGUGACGAGGUGCGCGGGCGGGUGUCGGCGCGACGGGCAUAUGUGGUGCAGCAGGCUGGGCAUCACACGCCGCUGUGGACGCAGGUGCUCAAGUCGAUGGCAGACGCGUAUCAAGCACAGCUCGAUGUCACGUACCGCCAAGGCACAGCAACACCAGCCCCUGUGCUUGCGCGGGAGGGGGUAAGUACCGGAUGCGCUGAUGGCGGUGGCGGCCGUAUCGGCGUUGAGUCAGAUACGGAUCCAGACGCGAGGAAGACGGGGCCGAUGGAUGAUGCAGCGUCAUCCACGCCGGCCGAGACAGAUGACGGUGCCAUGGGGGCUGGGCGGCCCGUGUUCAUCGCGCGAAUUGCGAUGGAGGAUCACCUAUUCCCUGUGGUGGUGGAGGGCGAGGGCUCGAGCAAGAAGCAGGCGAAGCGUGCGGCGUGUGCGCUGGCGGUGCUGACGAUGCUCAAGGCGGAGAAGUCCCUGGCACAGGAAGUUGCCCACCACUGCGUGCUUGCGCUGCCAAGCAUGCUGCAGGCCGGACAUCACGUUCACCCCGAUGCCGCUGAGCGCCACAUCCACGCGGCGAUUGCGCCCGUGCUGGGCCAGCGCAUUGCACGCCUGGUCUCCCGCGCUUACAGGGCGAAGUACGAGCAGAAGCACGGCGCUCACUCUUGAUGCGCGUUUCGUUUGUAUGUGUGUGUCUGUAUGUGGGUGUGGGUGUUUCUGUGGGUGUGCGUGUGUGUGGGUGUGUCUGUUUCUGUGUGUGUCUGUAUGUGGGUGUGUCUGUCUGUCUGUCUGUCUGUC